GUCUCAGUUACAAUGGCACUGCAACAAAACGGGACCGCAUCCAAAAUGCCCAAACACAACGGCGAAACUUCCAGCCAUCACCCAUCUGUGAACGGGAACGGAGAAAUAAAGCGCGAUCAGGCCGAGCGGUUCACUUUCACCUCCGAACCUACACUUGAAGAUAUCCGCCGCAUGCAGGCUGAAUUCACGGACGAGAGGAACUGGAACCAGUUUCACCAGCCGAGGAACUUGCUGCUCGCGCUGGUCGGAGAGGUCGGGGAAGUGUCGGAGCUGUUCCAGUGGCGUGGGGAGGUGGCAGAAGGUCUACCGGACUGGACCGAGCCGGAGCGGGAACACCUGGCCCAGGAACUCAGCGACGUACUGAUCUAUUUGGUUGAACUGGCCGAGAAAUGCCACGUUGAUUUACCUCAAGCUGUUCUGCGCAAAAUGGCUCUGAAUCGACUCAAGUACCCGGCCAGCAAAGUUCAUGGAUCAGCCAAGAAAUACACUGAAUACAAGGACUGAUGUGGGCGAUUUCAUGAUGUAGCCAAAGACGAUCGUUACUGAACUAUUCGAGGGAACUGGUGUUGAGUGCCUUAAAGGUUUCAAACUGUAAAAGUCCACUGGGCUCUUAGUUGCUGAUUUUAUUCAUUUUAAUCUCCUGCGUUUGGCACUACUAUACUUGGUUUUACGUUAAGCUUUUGUAUGUAAGAAAUCUGUAUGUAAGAAACCAUGUUUGCACAUUUCCACAUGUAAGCAACUUAGUUUUAAAUUUCUUCUGUUUUUAUUUUACCAAACAAAAGCUGCUAAUAUAGUUACUUUGUGCUUUGUAGUGUUUUUGCAUCACAGUAAAGUGUUUUGCAGCACA